UUUUCAGACCAGACCCAGCCCAUCCUUUUACAUCCAUCUGUCUCCCGAUGCUUGUUUUUUAAUUCCAUCGCGUCUUCAAUCUCUAAGAUCUCUGCAUUCGAUCUCACGAUCGAAGAAGAGAACGAUGACGACGACGACGACGGCGACGAGCUUCGAAUUGAGAGCGGUCGGAUGCUAUCCUCCGAGCUUCAUCGCCGUCAAUCUCUCUCUCGCUUGCAUCGAUGGCGCUCUCGCUUUCUUCGCUUUCUUUCAGCUUGCUCGAGUUCACCUGAGGAAUAAACGAAUUGGGUGGACACGCCAAAAAGUACUUCAUCUUAUGAUCGGCUCUUCAAACACGGGUUAUUUCAUUUAUUUCAUAUCUACGAUUAUAGCAACAUGUACAAAGUGGCAUCAUUGGACCGAUGCAUUUGGAUUUCUACUUAUGGCCUUCCCCAAAAUUCUAUUCCUCGCAACUUUUCUUCUGCUCCUAUCUUUCUGGGUAGAUGUCUGCCAUCAGGGAAAUGACGAGGAGGAUGACGAUGAAGAAAGUAGCAUUCAACAAGUAUUGCUUGAGAAGAACAAAAGCAAAGGUGGUUCAUCGAGCACAAGUGAUCAUAGGAAGUGUUGCUCUUUCCAUGGCAUUCAUGUUGGUAGCCGGCAGAAAUUUGUUGUUGCGGUAGUUGUCCUUGUCUUCAUCUUAAUGAUAUCAUUCGCAUUGCUUAUCUGGAUUGGUUCUGGCAAGAAUCUCAUCGAUCCUUCACUACUUGCUCAGAUAUAUGUAGAUAUUUUCGCUGCGUUGAUCCUUACCACUGGAGGAGGAAUAGGUUCUUAUGGUCUGAUUCUGUUCUAUAAACUAAAGAAGGUGCGGUCUGAGCAAGCUUCAUCGGAGAUGUGGAAGGUAUCCCGUUUAGCAGUUGUGUCAGUUAUAUGCUUUGCGGUGGGUGCUUUGCUCACUUUCCUCACAAACAUACCGCUCUUCUAUCAUUGGAACCCGAGCAACCUACAUGGCAUCGAGGCGUUGAUUCUUUUGAUACUGUACUACUUCAUAGGUUCCACAGUGCCCUCGGCUUUCGUAUUGUGGGUUACACGGGAUUUACCGCAGGAAAACUCCCCGAGCAGACAAGAAGAACCGAGAAGGAUAACUUUCGUCAACUAUGAUGCUGCAGGGAUGCAUCAGCAGCACUGGACCUCUGCAACCAUGUCAAAGAACCAGGUAUCCAAGGCGAGUCCCAUAUGAAAACUGACGACCACCGCAAGAAUGGCUGAAGCCUUUUUUUCUCUUCUCGGGUUUGCGAUGAGAGCUUGUGGAGACAGAGAACAGUGGCAGACAGACAUGGUGGCAUUGCUGAGGGAUGAAGAAGAGGAAGAAGAAGAAGCUCCUGCUUCCUGCUUCUUCUCUGUCUCGAUCUCGUGUAAAAGGACGAAAACGCCCUUUACGUUAGGUUAUCUGAUCUGAACUGACCUUAGGACAGGAAAAAGGAUGUAGUUAUGGAAGAGAUCACAUCUGUAAAUGCUUUGUCUUCGGUUGUAGUUGUGGGAUGCUGGGUUUGGGUUUGGGUUUGGGUUUGGGUUUGGGUUUCUUCUGUUGUGUCCAUAUAUGUUAGAAGCAGACAUUGGAUUAUACCUUUCAUAUCAGUUGUGUAUUCUCCCUGUAACUUUUUUUCUGUGUUUCUUUUACGUGUUUUUUUUUUACAUUUAUACGCUUUUUCUUGGGUUAAA